AUGGAGCACCAUUGCCCGGCGGUUUUUGAGAGAAAGGAAUGCUUAGUCCCGCCACGAGAAGGGUACAAGCCGCCGAUUAGAUGGCCAAAGAGCAGGGACGAAUGUUGGUAUAGUGCAUUGGUCAUUGGUGGAUUAUACCUCCUAGAAAUCAACCGGAUACUGCAGCCUGGAGGUUUCUGGGUCCUCUCAGGACCACCAGUCAACUACCAAAACCGCUGGCGUGGAUGGAACACCACCGUGCAGGAACAGAAGUCAGAUUAUGACAGACUGCAGAAGCUUCUCACCUCAAUGUGCUUCAAGCUGUAUAACAAGAAGGAUGACAUCGCCAUGUGGCAGAAAACCUCAAACAGCAGUUGCUACAAUCGCCUUGCGAAACCUGAUGCCUACCCACCGAAAUGCGAUGACAGCCUUGAGCUGGACUCUGCUUGGUAUACUCCGCUCCAUCCUUGCGUGGUUGUUCCGGAUCCAAAGCUCAAGAAUAUCAGUCUCAAAUCCAUCCCCCACGUCGCACCUGAGCGCAUGUCAGAAAUACAAGGAGGAAGCGCGAGUGCUUUCAAGCACGAUGAUAGUAAAUGGAAGGUGCGGGCAAAGCACUACAAGAAAGUACUACCUGCACUUGGGACUGAUAAAAUAAGAAAUGUCAUGGAUAUGAACACUGUCUAUGGAGGUUUUGCAGCUACUUUGAUUGAUGAUCCAUUAUGGGUUAUGAAUGUUGUCUUGUCCUAUAGUGCCAAUACUCUUGCCAUCAAGCAUUUAUGUGUGCGUUAUAAUUGUGUACUAAUAUAUUUUUUUGAACAUUCAAAUCUAACAUUCUUCAUUUUGACUUGA